AUGCCGUCGAGGGACUUUGCAAGUCUCCUCCACCGCUUCCGCUGUCGCCGUUCUCUGGCGAAGUUUGUGGUGCCAUAUUCUUACCGAGGCACGCUUUCAAGAUGUGCCCAAACGACCCACACGACCAGCAGUAGUCUCGACGUCUUUUCACAAUUGCUCCUAAUUGACACCGCUCCCAUUAGCAACCUCCAGGUCCCUUCAAAACGGAAGAUGUGGCAACGCUCCGGAAACGCACCGUUACUCUAUCACGAUAUAGUGUCUUUAAGUCAACGAUUACAGCCUGUCUUUUCGUUUGCUGAGUUAACAUCAGUUUCUACAUCAAUUUCUUCAUAUCUAUCUAUUAUACAUAUUUGCCUCUCUUACUCUUCCUCUCUGACUUUCUUUCGAUCUAUCUAUCUAUCUAUCUAUCUAUCUAUCUAUCUAUCUAUCUAUCUAUCUCCUCCAUAUCUCUCUAUAUAUCUAUUCUGCUCAUAUCUAUUUAUCUAUCUAUCUAUGUCUAUCAAUCAUUCUAUUUAUCUCGCUAAUUAUCUCUCUCUCUCUCUCUCUCUCUCUAUCUAUCUAUCUAUCUAUCUAUCUAUCUAUCUAUCUAUCUAUCUCCUCUAUAUCUCUCUAUAUAUCUAUCUAUUUAUAAGACUAUAUCCUUCUGUUCAUAUCUACCUCGGUCUGCUUAUAUCUAUCUAUCUAUCUAUCAUUUAUGUUCAUAUCUAUCUAUCUAUCUAUCUAUCUAUCUAUCUAUCUAUCUAUCUAUCUAUCUAUCUAUCUCAGUCUCCUCUAUAUCUCUAUAUAUAUAUAUCUAUCUAUAAGACUAUAUCCUUCUAUUUAUCUCACCAGCAUUCUAUCUAUCUAUCUAUCUAUCUAUCUAUCUAUCUAUCUAUCUAUCUAUCUAUAAGACUAUCUAUCUAUCUCAGUCUAAUCUAUCUGUUCAUCUAUUUCUAUCUAUCUAUCUAUCUAUUAUCUGUUCAUUUAUCUAUCUAUCUAUCUAUCUAUCUAUCUAUCUAUCUAUCUAUCUAUCAUUCUCCUCUAUAUCUCUCUAUAUAUCUAUCUAUUUAUAAGACUAUAUCCUUCUGUUCAUAUCUAUCUCAGUCUGUUCAUAUCUAUCUAUCUAUUUUUCUCGCUAAUAAUCUGUUCAGAUUUAUCUCACCAGCAUUCUAUCUAUCUAUCUAUCUAUCUAUCUAUCUAUCUAUCUAUAAGACUAUAUCCUUCUGUUCAUAUCUAUCUAUCUAUCUAUCUAUCUAUCUAUCUAUCUAUCUAUCUAUCUAUCUAUCUAUUUCAGUCUUUCUCUGUCUAUCAAUCAUUCCAUUUAUCUUGUUAUGUAUCUAUCUGUCUAUAUCUAUCUAUCAUUGUGUAAUGAAGGGAUCAGUUUUUUUUUUGUUUUUUUGUGGUGGUGGUGGGGGGUGUUCCAGUUCUUUGUUUUUGCCUUCCAAUUUCAUAUCUUCCUUCCCUAUUAUUUAUCUCUGA